AUGCCCUUUACAUUCCAGCAGACAGGUCGGAAAGUCAGCCACAAAGCCAAGGCCUACCCAGAUUACAGGGCCCUUGAAAUGGCGCUAUACAGCGCAGCACUCUCCAUAACCGCACAGCCAGCAGAGAACAAACACACCGAUCCGGACACCAUGGGAAGAAAAUCCCAGCGGACGGCAGCAGGUGCAUGUAAGUACACCCAUGACAUUAGCGCCAUGCUCCAGCGCCCAGCGGGCCCAAAGAUGGCGGCCACACCUGACCCAGAGACUAACUCCACAAACUCGGAUCAUGCUGCGGGAGAUACACUAGACCUACGGCCACCCCAUGACAUACAGGCUGACCCAGAUGCGCUAACACCAGCCACCAAACUGGACAUUAAAAACCUCUUACUUGAACUAAAACAAAUGUCAGCAGCAGACAUGGCCAUAAGAAAAACGUAGGUCCAAGCGGUCACGGACCGCGUGAAAUCCACAGAGGAAGAUAUAAACAACAUAACACAAGAAAUAAAAGGCCUUAAAGAAACAGUAUCACAAUUAAAAUCCUCUCACUCAACUCAGCUCAGUAAACUAGAGGCGACAGAAGAGAGGAGCCGCAAAUGCGUUGUAAAAAUCAGGGGAAUCCCCGACAACAUCAGCCAGUCAGAGUUGCCGCAUUACCUCAGGCGACUGGUAGCCACCAUAUUGCCACACGCACAGGCCAAAAAACUGGCCAUCGCAGAGAUGUUUCGCAUCCGCAAAUCACCACAGGCACCCCCCCAAGCAACCAGGGAUGUAAUCGUCAGGUGCCACACUCGUGCAGACAGAAACGCCAUCUUUGCAGCGCUAAAGGGCAAAACACCACUGGACUUUGAAUCCGCAAGUCUUACCUUUUAUCAAGACUUAACACGAUCCACAGUUCAAUGGAGACGAAAUAUACGCCCAGUGACCCGUCGCCUUCAAGAUGCCAAGGUAAUCUACCGUUGGAAAACACCCAAAACCUUGUCUGUGGAUCACAACGGCACUACUCUGCAUCUCACCUCAUCCCAGGAGGCGGACUCCUUCCUCCAGGCACUGAAGCUCCCACCGAGACCAGAUCCAACUGACGAGCCAACUAGCUCCCAUACAUGGGACCCCACCAGAACUGUCCCCUUUGUACCGAGGAGAAGGGAAAUCCCGAUAGCGGACACUUGA